UAGCAAAUUGAUAGAGAUAGCAAAGAAAAACAAACGGACAUCAAGUGUGCUAGUCUGAAAUAGUUUUAAUUCUUCCAAGAUAAAAAAUUCCAUUCCCAUCCUAACUCCCUCCGUUACAAUUGGAAGUAUAAACCAUCAAACAAACAACAAUGUCAGAUACGCAAGUUGAUAUCAUCACCAGCAUACGCGUCACCGUCAAAACAACCACUCCAUAUGACGCUGUCCUCGACCGACUAAAUGUCGAAGUGCAACGAAACUGGCCCGCAACAAAGUCCUCUCUCGACCACAUCCUAGAAUCCACAUCCAAGGCGGAUUUUGAGCGCUACUUUCAAAUAAAUGCCGGUCCUUCCGGCUUCGUUCAGUUUUACAGUAUGGAGCACAAUAAGUGGCUGAAGCUCUUCGACAUCGGUAACGGGCGGAGAUGCAGAAGAGUGCUGUUGGGGAAUCCGCUGGUUGCGAAAACGAUGCUGAAACAUGAGUUGGGCGCGGGUCUUUAUGUUCCUGUUGAAUUACUCCUGUUGGAGACGGAGGAUAAGAAGAGUACGGAGGUGAUUUAUAUCUUGCCGAGUAGUUUGAUUGCGAGUGUUAAUAAAGGGAAUGAAGAGCUGAAGAAGGCAGCGAAGGCUCUCGAUGAUAAGUUCGAGUUUCUUAUUAAGAGGAUUACUAUGCCGUAG